UGUUUAGUUUUAGUUUCUCGGUAAUACCGUCCAGUCUCGAGUGUCUACUUGUACUAAAAAAUGUACGUUAUUGUGAACUGUUUCAUAAGAAAUUGCGGUUUCGUGAUUUUACGUUAGAAGCGAUUAUUUGUUAAUCACCAUCGAUUAUCAAAUUUUGUGAAAAUCUUUGAAACACCAAAAGUUUUCAAGCAAACAUGUCGGCCACGCUCUCGCUGGGAUCCACCAUUCUUCUUCUACUUGCAAUCUCUGCAUGCGCAGAAGACGCAGAAGAUAAGGACGAAUAUUUGAAAUUCCCGCCCAAUUUCCUCUUUGGAGCUGCGACAGCCGCAUAUCAAGUAGAAGGUGCCUGGAAUGUGAGCGAUAAAGGAGAAAGUACUUGGGAUCGAUACGUUCAUGAUGGUACAGGCCGCGUUUACAACAACGACACGGGAGAUGUUGCUACAAACUCUUAUUAUCAAUACAAGGAGGAUAUUGCUAUUCUGAAGAAGCUUGGGUUCAAUUCGUAUCGUUUCUCCGUGAGCUGGACACGAAUCCUGCCGACGGGUUUCUCGAACAACAUCAGCAAGGAUGGCGUCCAGUACUAUCAUAAUGUGAUCAACGAGCUCAUAGCAAACAACAUCGAACCAAUAUUGACCAUUUACCAUUGGGAUCAUCCGCAAGUUUUUGAAGACAUGGGAGGCUGGACGAACAGUGAAAUAGUCGACUGGUUCGGCGAUUUCGCGAGAGUCGUAUUCCGCGAAUAUGGAUCGAAAGUGAAGAAAUUCAUCCCGAUAAACGAGCCCAUCGCUGUUUGUAAAAAUGGUUACAGUCUUGGUAUACACGCUCCUGGUAAAACUCUACAUGGAUUCGGCGAAUACUUGUGCAUGCAUAACGUGUUGAAAUCGCACGCCAGAGCCUAUAGGAUCUACGAGAGUGAAUUUAAGGAGAAAUAUAAGGGCCAAGUUGGUGUUUUGAUCAAUUUAAGCGCCUAUAUGCCGAAAAAUCCUGAGUCUGCCGAUGCUGCGGAAACGUCUUUUCAAUUCAACGUUGGUUGGAGCAUGCACCCGAUAUACUCCAAGGAGGGCGAUUAUCCACUUGUGAUGAAAGAAUUGGUGGCCAACAAGAGCGCGGAGCAAGGUUACGAGAGAUCUCGUCUACCCACGUUUGAUGCAAAGUGGAUCAAAUAUAUAAAUGGAGCCUCAGACUUUAUGGCUGUAAAUCAUUACACCUCCAGGCUAGUUACAGCUGGUACUAUGGGACGUAUACCAUCCCAAGAAAAUGACCAAGGAGUGAAAGAGACUGUCGAUGAUUCCUGGAAAUCAUCAGCUACUGACUGGUUGAAGGUUGUACCUGAAGGUUUCCGAUUUAUUCUCCGUCAGUUGGCGAAAAACUACGGCAACCCGCCGAUUUAUAUCACUGAAAACGGUGUUUCCGACCACGGAACACUCAACGACGACGACAGAAUCUACUACUAUCGCGAAUACUUAAGACAGAUGCUUCUGGCCAUUCACGUUGAUGGUGUGAACGUAAAAGGAUAUAUUUUAUGGUCGCUUCUGGAUAAUUUCGAAUGGGACAGGGGAUACAGCGAACAUUUUGGUAUCGUCUCUGUCGACUUCAAAGAUCCACAGAGACCACGAAUGUUGAAGAAGUCUGCUUCCUGGUGGCAAAAUGUUAUAACCGCUGGAAAAAUUGAUAGGAGCUGUUAAAAUCUUUGCUCACCUUAAAUCAUAUACGAUUUAUAUCCAUUUAUUCUCAGAGAAGUCUUCUUUUUGGUCAAUAUUUUUUAUUCAUUUUACAUUAAAAUUUUACGAAACAAUUUUAUAUCUUUCACUUCAUUCGCGUUUAUUUUCUUCGGCUGGAAGUUUUAAUAAUUUAAAAGCCAGCGCGGAUAAAAAUUCAUCACGGCAAAUAAGUUUAAAAUUUUAAAAAUGUAUAACAUUAAAGAAAUAUGGAUAAAAAGAUGGGUAGAAGAGUAGAAAAAAUUAUCGUUUGUAUGUAACAACGUGAUAUGUAUAUAAAAAAAUAAUAUUAAAAUAUGUAAAAUUUUACCUUGAUCUAUAAGCGUUAUGUUCAUUAAUAUUAAAUUAAUCUGUUAUCUUA